AUGCAAGAUCCCGAUCCUGGCCUCUCACAAGGUGGGAUAGGCAGUCCGCCCCACAUGCAAGAUCCAAGUCUCUCACAAGGUGGGAUAGGCAGUCCACCCCACAUGCAAGAUCCCGGCCUCUCAGAAGGAGGGAUAGGCAGUCCACCCCACAUGCAAGAUCCCAGCCUCUCACAAGGUGGGAUAGGCAGUCCACCCCACAUGCAAGAUCCCAGCCUCUCACAAGGUGGGAUAGGCAGUCCGCCCCACAUGCAAGAUCCCAGCCUCUCACAAGGUGGGAUAGGCAGUCCGCCCCACAUGCAAGAUCCCGGCCUCUCUCAAGGUGGGAUAGGCAGUCCACCCCACAUGCAAGAUCCAAGCCUCUCACAAGGUGGGAUAGACGGUCCGCCCCACAUGCAAGAUCCCAGCCUCUCACAAGGUGGGAUAGGCAGUCCACCCCACAUGCAAGAUCCCAGCCUCCCACAAGGUGGGAUAGGCAGUCGACCCCACAUGCAAGAUCCCAACCUCUCACAAGGUGGGAUAGGCAGUCCACCCCACAUGCAAGAUCCCAGCCUCUCACAAGGUGGGAUAAGCAGUCCGCCCCACAUGCAAGAUCCCAGCCUCUCACACGUCGGGAUAGGCAGUCCGCCCCACAUGCAAGAUCCCAGUCUCUCACAAGGUGGGAUAGGCAGUCCACCCCACAUGCAGGAUCCCGGCCUCUCACAAGGUUAG